UCAUGUAUCGCCCCCUUGUGGUGAGCGGCUGGAACUCCACUGGACUUUCCAUUUUCCAGGCGUUUACUCGGUCUGCUCCGUUCAUUUUUAUACGUUUUUUACAUCCAGUAUGGCGAUGCACACCAAGCUACUCCACCUCAGAUUCCCGAUUACGCGGCGGGAGCUCACGGAACUGGUGAAGAGAAAGCAUUCAUUACAGGAGACCCUCGCCAACCUCGAGAGGCAGAUCUAUGCUUUUGAGGGAAGUUACCUGGAAGACACUCAGAUGUAUGGUAACAUCAUCCGAGGAUGGGACCGCUACCUCACCAACCAGAAGAACUCAAACAGCAAGAAUGAUCGGAGGAACCGCAAGUUCAAGGAAGCCGAGCGGCUGUUCAGCAAAUCCUCCGUCACCUCUGUGGCGGCUGUCAGUGCUUUGGGGGGCAUACAGGAUCAGCUUAUUGAAAAGCGUGAGCCAGGGAGCGGAACAGAGAGUGAUAACUCGCCAGACUUUCAGAACCAGGAGAACGAACCAAGCCAAGAAGACACAGAGGAUGUGGACGGGGCGAUGCAGGGUGUCAAGCCGCAAAAGGCAGCCUCGUCCUCUGUGGGGAGCCAUCAUGGCAGCCACAAGAAACGGAAAAACAAGAACCGACACAGCCCGAUAUUUGACUAUGACUUUGAAAUCGACCUGAAGAUGAACAAAAAACCAAGACCUGAGUACUAGGCUGGCGACCCAGUAGACUGCUCUGGAGCAGUGUGAGGAUGAGUGGGCCAGAGGGGCAAGACAUCCUGCCCCCACCCAGAGUCAAAUGGACAGUGACAAAACUGGUAAAUGCCACUUGCCCCUGCUGUUUGGAAUCCCACCGAGAUACUUAAGAAGGCGACUUUCCCCCACCCUCCGGAGAUUCAAACAUUGUCCCUCACAGAUAUCACUGUGUCCCCUACUUAGUUUGACUGCCGGUGCUGGAGUGUAUCCCUUCCGCUGAGCGUUAGCGCAUUAGCAUCUCCAAGCGCGUGGCAGGAAUGUCUGUCCUGUGACAUUGAUAACAUUGUACAGCCUUUUUUCCUCUUUUUCUUGAUGUGAUUGUUAAUGGUGUUUUAAUGUGUUGUUGCCCGAUGGCUAGGUUUUUUUAAAAAAAGUUUGUUUUGUAAAUGUGACAGAUUUGUAAGAAACAAAAUAAAAUAUGUGAAUGCCUA